AUGUACAGAGCAACUGUCAUGGAUGCACUGGUAGAAGAUGAUAUCUGCAUUCUGAAUCAUGAAAAAGCACAUAGGAGAGAUACGGUGACUCCAAUCUCAAUAUAUUCAGGAGAUGAGUCUGUUGCUUCACAUUUUGCCCUUGUCACUGCAUAUGAAGACAUCAAAAAACGACUUAAGGAUUCAGAGAAAGAGAACUCUUUCUUAAAGAAAAGAAUAAGAUUUUUGGAAGAAAAGCUUAUAGGAGCUCGAUUAGAUGAAGAAACAAGUUCUGUGGGACGUGAACAAGUAAAUAAGGCCUAUCAUGCAUAUCGAGAGGUUUGCAUUGAUAGAGAUAAUUUGAAAAGCAAAUUGGAUAAAAUGAAUAAAGACAACUCUGAAUCUUUGAAAGUAUUGAAUGAACAGCUACAAUCUAAAGAAGUAGAACUUCUCCAGCUAAGGACAGAGGUGGAAACUCAGCAGGUGAUAAGGAAUUUAAAUCCACCUUCAUCAAACUGGGAGGUGGAAAAGUUGAGCUGUGACCUGAAGAUCCAUGGUUUGGAACAAGAGCUGGAACUGAUGAGGAAAGAAUGUAGUGAUCUCAAAAUACAGCUACAGAAAGCCAAACAAAUGGAUCCAUCUCAGGAAGACAAUCUGAAUAGCAGUGAUCUCCAAAGACUGAGCAUUUCAAGCGACAAUAUGCAAAAUGCAUACUGGGAACUGAAGAGAGAGAUGUCUAAUUUACAUUUGGUGACUCAAGUACAAGCUGAACUACUAAGAAAACUGAAAACCCCAACUACAGUCAAGAAAGCCUGUGCCCCAAUAGGAUGCAUGGAAGACCUUGGGAAAGACAGCACAAAACUGCACUUGGCGAAUUUUACUGCAACAUACAAAAGACAUUCCCCCCUGUCACCAAAUGGCAAAACUCUUUGCCACACCACAUCUUCCCCUUUAUCAGGAGAUAUGAAGGUUUUAUCAGAGAAAGCAAUUCUCCAAUCAUGGACAGAUAAUGAGCGAUCCAUUCUUCAUGAUGGUACUAACUUUCAGGAACACAACUCUUACGGCAGAAAUUCUCUGGAAGAUAAUUCUUGGGUAUUCCCAAGCCCUCCUAAAUCAAGUGAGACAGCAUUUGGGGAAACUAAAAAUAAAACUUUGCCUUUAUCCAACCUGCCACCACUGCAUUACUUGGAUCAACAUAAUCAAAACUGCCUUUAUAAGAAUUAA